AUGAUCAUACUUCGACUUUUAUUCUACAGGUAUAUCCUCGUUUUAGGGCCAAUUUUCAUCAUCCUGUCAAUCUUCGCUCUUUGGCAUUCUGAUUGGUUGACAACUUCACAGGCUACACAUCGCCGAGAUCACAGCGCCCCCUCUCGGAUAGAACAUCAGCUCCGGUUAAGACAGGUGAAGGUCGUGAAGGAUGUUAACAGAUCCAAAGAAUUCAAUAGAUGUUCAGAACAAACGGAUGUUAUAUUUAUCAAAGUUCACAAAGCCGGAAGCUCAACAGUAUCCAACAUUUUACAACGGUUCGGUUCAUUCCGGAAACUUAAUUUUGUCCUUCCGAAUAAAACAUUACAUGAACUCCGAUACAAUUACAUAGGUGACCCGGGCGACUCAGUUACCACCGAAAAUAUCCUACCCGUACCCCCGGGGGAACACUACAAUAUUAUGUGCAAUCACGUGAUUUACAAUAGCGCAACCUUCACCCGUCUCUUCCCAACGAAACGCUUUUUCUAUCUGGCUAUCGUACGUGAACCUCUGGAUCACUUUUUGUCGGUGAUUCGAUAUUACGGAUAUUCUGAAUUUAGCUACAUACAAACCAUUUUAUCUAUUGAAGCUGACAACCCUAUAUCAGAAUAUCUAAAAUCCCCAGAGGAUUAUGAGCCAGUUAUUCCAUAUAUCUCCUACACCAAUAAUAGACAGAGCGUGGAUUUAGGCCUUCCGGUAGAAGCCAUUGGUAAUGCAUCAGCAAUUCAGGAUUAUGUUGACAUCGUUCGACGAGACUUUGAUUUCAUCAUGCUUCUAGAAUACUUUGACGAAUCAUUGAUUUAUCUUAAAAGAAAACUGUGUUGGUCUUACAAAGAUAUCCUCUACCACCCCAAGAACAGUCGGUGGAAUAAUCAAAAGUAUACGUUAUCGGUCCAGGAUCUCGCUCGAUUAAAGAGGUGGAACAGUGCUGAUUAUGCUCUUUAUGAUGAAUUACAUAGCGAUUUCUGGAAAAAAAUCGGAAACGCGGGCGAAUACUUUUUUGAAGAAGUGCUCCAUUUUAAACGUAUAACUGAAAUGGUUAGAGUAUAUUGCUCCAACGUUGACGUCACCGAUGACCUGGAGGUCACGGGUUCCAGGUGGGAGGCAAAUUUUACUAUCAGUUCCGUAGACUGUCUUAUGCUGGGACUUGAUGAGCUACAGUUUCUCGAUAAGAUAUAUUUCGAAAACUAUGGUAUAGUACAAAGCAAAGCUGUAUAG